AUGUCUGUGGGCUGUCUUCUGAUACGAGAGACCAGCAUAAAGUUAGUUAGCGCAAAUUGAUUAUUAUAGCCUGUCCCUACAUAGUUUAAAACGUUCUGAAUUAUGUCUCCCUUAUCCUAUCAUCAAGAUACAUUACAUUUAUUCAGAAUGUUCUUCCUGCCUGAACACGGUCCAGUUUUCUAGUGGAAUUGGUGGGGGGACCAUGCUUAUGGUCUAAGCAACCCCCAUUGUCUUGAAGUUGUAUUGACACUGUGAUGCUAAUGGUGAUGCCAUCAGAUGAGACAUUCUGAUAAUGCCUACUUUGUACGGUAGAGCUAAUUUACUACUGUGUCCUGUUCUAGUGCCUGACUGGUACUGGCCCGCGGUGGCAGCAGCUGGCUUCCCGGCCCCUCAGUAUGACGGCCUGUCUGGGUGGGCCUGAGGCGCCGCCAGCCCGCGCCGACGCCACCUUCAAGGUCACUAUGGUGCCUGGGGACGGAGUGGGACCUGAGCUGAUGACUGCUGUGAAGGAGGUUUUCAAGGUAUGUACAGUAUGGGGGCUCCCCUUUCUCAAGGCUGACCAGGAGAGACGAUGUGUCUAAGGUUUAGUUCGGUUUCCUGGAGCGUUAGUGAGAAUUCUACAAAAUACGUUUUGUUUUCACAAGUCUUGAAAAUAACCGUUUCAGGAUGCGAUUUGUGAGAUGUGCAUUCUACAUGACAUUAGCAAGCUCGCUUGUUUACAAUGGGCAAAAAGUUCUGCGCUGCUGCAUCAAAAUACCUGGUACUCUGGAUCUUGUACCUGCUACUCACGCAGGUCAAGCAUUCGUUUCAGCCAGGGUUCGUUUGUGUUUCACACAUGCUUUAUAGCGCAGAUUAAGAUGCCAACUGCUCCAGGAUCCGGAUUAUACAGAGAUAUGUGAAAGCGCCUUAAGAGUGCAUUGGUGUGGAUGUCUGGUCCCUCUGUUGACAUUUAGCUAACUAACUCGUAUCCUUGGCACAUUCCACUCCAGGUAUCCUGUUACUUAAGCCUUCACCGCACCUCACCCCCACGCUCAUGACCCUCUCUCGGCAGCCCCCCACCCACACACUCAAGACCGGAUGGUCACUUUUCCAUCAAAACAGUGUGCAGUCAACACACACAUUAGUGGGUUCCGUUCCCACACGGGCCACAUAUUUUGUUAUUUUUUUUUUAAAUUUUUAAAUUUCACCUUUAUUUCACCAGGUAAGCCAGUUGAGAACAAGUUCUCAUUUACAACUGCGACCUGGCCAAGAUAAAGCAAAGCAGUGCGAUAAAAACAACAACACAGAGUUACAUAUGGGGUAAACAAAACAUAAAGUCAAAAAUACAACAGAAAACAUAUAUCUUGAUAUUGCCUGCACAUUUACAUUUAAGUCAUUUAGCAGACACUCUUAUCCAGAGCGACUUACAGUUAGUGAGUGCAUACAUGUUUUUUUUUCUUUUUGUUGUUGUUUUUUUCAUACUGGCCCCCGUGGGUAUCGAACCCACAACCCUGGCGUUGCAAACGCCAUGCUCUACCAACUGAGCGACAUCCCUGCCGGCCAUUCACUCCCCUACCCUGAACGACGCUGGGCCAAUUGUGUGCCGCCCCCUGGGUCUGGAUUCGAACCAGGAUCUCUAGUGCCUUAGACCACUGCGCCACUCGGGAGGCUCUGUCUGCACCAUGCUUCAAGCGUGCUCUGAGCUCAAUCCAAUACUUUCUGUGUAUAUUGAUAACUGAAUAUGCAGGACUAAUUUAUAACAUUUAUUGUAGCCCAUUCAUUCGCUCACUCCUUGAUUCAUACAUCUUCAAUAUGUCCAUCCUGUUUCUCGUCCCCUUGUUUCAUCUCCUUGUUUCUACCCUUAACCCUGCCUAUCCCUUUCCAUCCCCCUCCAGGCGGCUGACGUCCCAGUGGAGUUUGAGGAGUUUCACCUGAGUGAGGUGCAGCACAUGGACAGCGACGAGAAGCUGGAGCAGGUGUUGGCCUCCAUGAAGACCAACAGGGUGGCCAUGAAAGGUAACAGACUUCCUUGUCUCCUCUCAUUUCCUAUGCGGGAGAUUUGCUUUUGUCUGCUUUUAUCAGAUCAGUGUGUUCUGACUGGGUUUUCUUUUCUCUGUGUGUGUGUGUAGGAAAGAUUAACACCCCCAUGGAGUUCAAAGGGGAGCUGGCCGGCUUUGAGAUGAAAAUCAGGUAAGGCCAUAUUAGAUCUAACGCCACCACAACUCUUACUGGAGCAAGCCAACAUGAAUCCAACACAAUCAAUGCAAUUGUAAGGUAAUGGGAACUCCUAGUGCAUGGGGUACUCAACUACUAUUUGGGAAGGUCCAGUCACACAAAUGUCCUAGGUGGCAAAGGUCCGCAUGGAUAUUGUCUUUAUUGACAUGGCAACAAACCCCCACUUCGCGACCCCAAACUGUUCACACCCCCUUUUGUUGGAAAUUUUAAAAAAGUGCAGUUUUUAAGCUAAUUUCCUGCACUUAUACACAUUUUGCCAUGUCUUAUUUUACAUUUUAGUCAUUUAGCAGACGCUCUUAUCCAGAGCGACUUACAGUUAGUGAGUGCAUACAUUUUUUUUUCUUCAUACUGGCCCCACGUGGGAAUCGAACCCACAACCCUGGCGUUGCAAACGCCAUGCUCUACCAACUGAGCUACAUCCCUGCCAGCCAUUCCCUCCCCUACCCUGGACGACGCUGGGCCAAUUGUGCGCCGCCCCAUGGGUCUCCCGGUCGCGGCCGGCUACGACAGAGCCUGGAUACGAACCAGGAUCUCUAGUGGCACAGCUAGCACUGCGAUGCAGUGCCUUAGACCACUGCGCCACUCGGGUGCCACUCUUAUGUGUGUUCAUAUGAUACCUGAGUGAAUCAACAAAAUCAAUGUGGGCCCCUAUGGGCACAUCAUCUGGCCAUGAUAACUACAAUAUUUAGAUAGGCUAUCUUGCCCACCUAGGUAACAUGGGCUAGUUGAUCAACUGGGAAUUUCUGACAGGAAAUAGCUCUUUAAGGUCUGUCAGUGAAUGGCAUAACAAGAGGAAACCUGCCCAUGCACUAACACAUUUCAAAAUUGCAUCUUGUGCAUUCUAUUAUUACAACUUUCAACCACAUUCAUUUGAAAGCCAGACUUAAGUUCCCUUCGAUUAUUAACCCCGUUCUGGUUCCGGAUCCGGGCCACGGUCCACAUGUUGUAUGGCUGUCAUAGUGUGUGUGUGUGUGUGGCUGGCUGGUUGGCUGUUCUCAUUAGUGAAGCUCUCCUCAGGCGUAGGCUGGACCUGUUUGCCAACGUGGUCCACGUGAACAGUCUGCCUGGCUACAGCACCCGCCACAACAACCUGGACCUGGUCAUUAUCCGAGAGCAGACCGAGGGAGAGUACAGCUCUCUGGAGCACGAGGUACAUCACCACAUAUUGCCACUCAACCAAACAAUGGGUGUGUUUGUUUUAGCUCACCUAGGGCGCCAGUUGGGUGGAUUUUGCCCAUUUUAGACCAUUUCAUUGGUAGUGCUGAGCGAUUAACCUAAAUGUCUGUUAUUUUCAGUUUUUUAAACAACUAAUGGACCAAUGUCAGUAAAAAUAUUUUAAAUCAGUUUUUUUACAUUUGUCAUUUAACAGACGAACGGUGCGAUGUAGUAGGGAGUUGUAGUUUCCAGCAGGCCAAUAUUUGACAGUUUAGUACAGAAACAUGGUAAUUAACUACAAUGACAAUAAUCCAUUGCGUGCCUACUUAUCCAGUCUGUUUCUUUUACGCCUGCUAUGUUAGGUUAGUGUGGGCCAGAUGCAGAGAGAGGAGACAGAAGAAUGCACGAUCGAGAGGGAUAGAGAGCAGUUGCUUCGAGGUAUCUACCUGAAAAUAAAUGAUCUAUAUGAUUGAUGGUUGGUAUUCAGCAGUCCUAAAAGUAUGCCUUAUUUACUUUGAAGAAUAACUAAAAUAGUGAUUUUGUCAGACAGCAUAGGCAAGCUCUAUAGAGGUGAGAUGAUGAAUUGGAAUGAAAUAAGUCAUGAAAUAAAACAAAUGUAAUAUUUGAUUAAAUAAUGUGAAUAAAUGAUGGUUAAUAAGUGAUAAGCAGUAAUGGGCAGUCACUACCAUCAUGGGACUUUUAUUAAUCGUUUUAUUCUGUGUUACAGCAUUCAACCCACAUAAUGCAUAGUGAUUAUUUUUUAAAUAAUCGAACCGAAACCGAACCGACUUCAAAAAGCACUAAUCGCUCAGCACUAUUCAUUGGUCUUAAAGGGAAAUAUCCACUCACCCUGGGGGGCCUGGCUAACUAAAGUCAAUUGACCUGGUCCUCAUGGAAAUCUACCAUGUUUUUGAUUAGUUUGUUGUAUGACUAAUACACAUUGAAAUCAUGCAUAACAACAUGCAUGAGGCAUUGUACACUGGAAAGAACACGACCACGUAUGACCACACAUAAGCGCUCUAACACCAUGGUCAAACCACGGUCUGAUGGAAGUUUUUCCUGAUCUGAACUCUGUGCUCUCUGUCUCGCAGAGUGUGCCUGGAGUGAUCGAAUGUCUGAAGAUCAUCACCAGGGAGAAGUCUCGGCGCAUCGCCAAGUUUGCCUUCGACUACGCCACCAAGAAGGGUCGCAGCAAGGUCACGGCGGUCCACAAGGCCAACAUCAUGUGAGUCUCGGUGCCAGAAAAAACUUAUUUUUUUAAAGGCUUCUACACAUCUUAUCCAACUACAGCCAACUGAUUUUGUCUCCUUCUGCCUUUCUACAGGAAGCUUGCAGAUGGCCUGUUCCUACAGUGCUGCGCCGAGGUGGCAGAGCUGUAUCCCAAGAUCAAAUACGAGAACAUUAUCAUAGACAACUGUUGCAUGCAGGUACGCCCCUCUCUCGCUCUUGCUUGCGCACACUCACACACACUCACUCACACAAACAUGCACUCACUCACUGCUUCUCUCUCUAGCUGGUCCAGAACCCAUACCAGUUUGACGUGCUGGUGAUGCCCAACCUCUAUGGCAACAUCAUUGACAACCUGGCAGCUGGGCUGGUUGGUGGGGCAGGAGUGGUGCCAGGAGAGAGCUAUAGUGCAGAGUACGCCGUGUUUGAGACCGUGAGUGUCUGUCUGCCUGAGAUCCAACUUAACCAGUCUGCUGCAAUCGUACAGUUGUUACAUUACAGACCCAAGCAUAGGUAAAAUGGCAUGAGAAGUUUAAUGGCCUCUCUUCGUCUCAGGGAGCGCGGCACCCCUUUGCCCAGGCUGUGGGUAGGAACAUCGCCAACCCCACGGCCAUGCUGCUCAGCGCUGCCAACAUGCUCCAUCACCUCAAGUGAGUGGGCACCGCUUCCAAUGGGAUGUGUGUGUGUGUGUGUUUGUGUGCACUAACCUCAACUGACUGUUUUGUGUUACAGCCUGGAAUACCACUCCAACAUGGUGUCAGACGCUGUCAGGAGGGUCAUCAAACAGGGCAAGGUAAGAGAGUGUGACUAUAUUGAAUCAACACUAUUAAAUCCUGUUGGUUUGUGUGCAUGUACUAAUUCUACAGUUGGAUGGGAGAGCACACGGUUGAGUUUUUGCGAUAUGUAUAUGCGUUUUGUGCAUCAAAUCUAAAAAUAAUUUUUAUGGAUGAAAAGUGUAAAAACAUACUCUGAUCAAAACAUAAUUUCCUGACCCUCAAAUUGCAUUUACCAAUGAAAAUACACCUAAUAAGCAAUAACCCAUAUCCUUGUGUGUGAGAGAGCCUUUUCUUUUGAUUGUGCAUGUUGACGUGGGUGGAAUCCUGUACACCACUCUGUGUGUGUCCUGCUGUACAGUGUUCUUGUGACCAUAGAAACUGACUGGUAACAAAGAUGGACUAACUGUAGUCUGCGCUCCAGCCCGUAUUAGGACUAAUAGCAGCAGCUCUAACCCUAACUAAUACCAUGGUUCCUAGGCAGGUGCAUGGGCAACACACCAUGGUGCAGAGUGAAUGUGGGAGAAAAUAUAUUGUUUGUCAAUUCACUAGUGCAGGGAUGGGCAACUCCAGUCCUCAGGGGCCAGAGUGGUGUCACACCUUUCCCCCGUCCCUAGCAAACGCAUGUGAUUUUAAACCAAUUGCAUUCUAAACUGAAGAUCAUGAUUAGUUGAUUAUUGGAGUGAGUUGUGUUAGCUGGGGCUGGGGCCAAAGUGUGACACCAAUCAGACCCCAGAGGACUGGAGUUGCCUAUCCCUGCGCUAGUGUCUGAACCUAUCCCUGCACUAGUGUCUGAACCUAUCCCUGCACUAGUGUCUGAACCUAUCCCUGCGCUAGUGUCUGAACCUAUCCCUGCGCUAGUGUCUGAACCUAUCCCUGCGCUAGUGUCUGAACCUAUCCCUGCGCUAGUGUCUGAACCUAUCCCUGCGCUAGUGUCUGAACCUAUCCCUGCGCUAGUGUCUGAACCUAUCCCUGCGCUAGUGUCUGAACCUAUCCCUGCGCUAGUGUCUGAACCUAUCCAUGCGCUAGUGUCUGAACCUAUCCCUGCGCUAGUGUCUGAACCUAUCCCUGCGCUAGUGUCUGAACCUAUCCAUGCGCUAGUGUCUGAACCUAUCCCUGCGCUAGUGUCUGAACCUAUCCCUGCGCUAGUGUCUGAACCUAUCCCUGCGCUAGUGUCUGAACCUAUCCCUGCGCUAGUGUCUGAAGUAUUCUCAUCCUAUUCCCCUGCACCCUGUCUGUGUGUGUGUGUCCCAGGUGCGGACGCGAGACCUGGGCGGUUACAGCACGACCGGGGACUUUGUGCAAGCCGUUGUGGGGAACCUCCGCCACCGACCCACGUACUAA